AUCCCAGAUAAAUUAUUUUGUCGUUCACUUCCAGAAGCCAAGCACGAAUUGCCACAAUAGCGUACGUUUGAAUUUCAUGACAUCAUUUACAUCCACUUUAUUUUCGCUAUGCAUAAGGAAAGUCCAUACUCUUCACUGACUCUUUUUCCUUAUUCCAGAAUUCACCGCGUUAUGAGGGUGGGCCGAAGCAGAAAGCACCUUGACCUCAGUACACUGGGGGCAUCUACCCAUGGAGAGUCCUUCCAGGGAGCAAAAUGCUAUUUGCAUGGACUGUGCCCGCAGCAAUUUGGUUGUUGGUGCACUUCACAGCAGAAGCGUGCAGGAAAGGGAACGUGCCUGCUAGGAAACUUCCCCGUGGCGCUGCAGAAAUAUGCGACAAAGGGAAUAUGACUGCUAACACUGCUUCUUAUGUCCAGCCUGGAACCAGUAUCAUCCUCUCGUGCCAGCUGAAACCCCUGCGAUACACCGAGCAGUGCAGGAUAGCUAUUUUCCUUAACAGCUCUGAACUAAUUAGCAAUUACGGCAGUUCAGUAAGCACCGAGUUUCCAGUCCAUACAUAUGGCAAACACAUGUUCACGUGCAAAAUAGUUUGUGAAUACAAGAAAAAACUCAUUUGUGGAAUCGAUAUAGAAUCUGGAAAUCCUCCAGAUGAGCCAAGAAAUGUGUCGUGUAUCCAGUACGGGGCAGAUGGCCAUCCCACCUGCACCUGGAAUAAAGGAAGGCUCACGUACAUCAACACUACCUAUGUAAUACAGCUAUCAAAUGGGACGGAUGUCUUAUGUGUUUCAGAAGAAAGUCUGAAUAAGAAGUCUGGCUCGCUGGCUCUGAGCAAGUUGAAUUUUGACUCUACUUACACCGUUGUGGUUGCCGCCUCCAAUGAGCUAGGAAGUGCUUUUUCACAGCCGCUCGUGUUCAUGUUAAUAGACAUAGUGAAACCACAUCCUCCCAACUUUUUAGUGGAAUUUGAAAAUUCUUCUGCGGCCAAUUGCACCUUUUUUUGGCACGAUGAAGCACAAGCGCGGCACUGCAGGCUGAGAUACCGUCCACUUACCAGGCACGCCUGGAGCACGGUUGAAUGCUUAAACAGUGAAAAAUGCAGUCUUUAUGGUCUGGAGCCUCAUACAACCUACGAGUUUCAGGUCAGCUGUAAAAUUCACCCCGAGCGAGGACUGUGGAGUAACUGGAGCCCGUACCGAAACCGGACUCCAGAAGCAGCGCCGACCGGGCUCCUGGACGUCUGGUACCGACAGCAGGACGUGGACUCUCAACAGCAGAACAUCUCUCUUUUUUGGAAGGCUUUGAGCAAGUCGGAGGCGAGGGGAAGAAUCCUGCGGUACGCAGUGACCUUCGAAGCCCUGGACCGGCGGAGCCCCCCGGCCGGAGAAGCGCAUCUCACCACCCAAACCAGUUACGCCAGGGUCACGCCGAGGGUGGGCUACAAGAUAACGGUCACCGCCGAGAACUCGAGGGGCAGGUCCCCCCCCGCCUCCGUCGUGACCAACCCGGGCACCCAGGAUCUACCUCCCCCUCAGAAGGUUUCUGCCGUAGCCAUGGGAAACGGCAGCAUCCUCGUCCGCUGGAAGCCGCCCGUGAGAUGGGCUGCGUCCAUCAGCGGAUACGUGGUGGAGUGGGCAGACGCGCAGCGGAACGCGUCCCUGGAGCCCCAUCCAGCCUGGGCGAAGCUUCCAGCAUCCAACCUGUCCGCAGUGAUAGCAGAGCACAUAAAAGAUAACACGUGCUAUCAGAUCAGCGUAUUUGCACUCUAUCGGGACAGAGCCGGACAAGCGGCAUCGGUCAGGGGAUACUCAAGAGCAAAAGCACCAUCCGCUGGGCCCCAGAUGUACGCAACGCCCCAGGCAAACGGCAUCUCGGUUUCGUGGGAAGAAAUCCCUGCCCACCAGCGAAGGGGCUGCAUCACAGGGUACCAUCUGUACCUGCAGAAAAAGGACGGGCGGGCAGCCCCGGACGUCUACGCCGUUCCCAACGUGACCGCCCAGCGCUGGCUGUACCUGGCGGACCUGCAGCCCGGCGAGCACUACGCCCUGUGGAUGACAGCGUCGACGGCUGCCGGAGAGGGGCCCAGGGGCAACAGCGAGCUCCUCUGCUUGGAAAGUGCUGGGGACUGGAUGACUGUUGUGUUUACCUGCAGCUUCUUCAUCCUCUCAGCCUGCAUUUGUUCUGUGCCUCCAGCAAGAAAAGCAUUACAGUCGCUCCUCUCUGCGCUUAUGCCGCAGUGGCAGAGCAAAGCCAUUCCAGACCCAGCCAACGCGACGUGGGCCAAGAACUACAUGUCUACGAAGGCCGAGCUGAGCUUACCCUCCAGUGGGUUCCUGCACAGCACGGGCAGCUUCGAAGAGCCCGAAACAACAGAAGUAGAGGAAACCUUCGUGAAAACGGGCCCGCCGGCCCUCCGGGACAAGCUCCUCUUCGGCAGCGCUGGGAACGGCGAGUGGCCGCUGGAGAGGGGCUCGGGGCACGAGGAGCCGGAGUACGAGCGUCUCCCCGGCACGGCGGACGGGGAGCUUUACGAGCAGCAGCUUCCCGACCUCUACAAGAGGAUAGCGGUGGAGGUGACGGAGCAGACGCAGACCGUCUCCGAGUACAUCGCCAACCCCGUCACCGACACGGCCACCGCGUACCUACCCCCGGUCACAGGCACUACUGAAGACCACCCCGAACUCGAGUGCGAUCCGCUCUCCGUCUUCCCAACGACUUUUUUGACACCCGUACUUUCCUACGAGGGGACUCUUACUUUGGACACGGUGAAAAUAAACUGCAGCUCUUUCACAAGGUAGGCGGUCAGGGUGAUGGAAGCCUGGCCUGGUUUUUUUGCACUUUAUGGAAACUAUUUCAGCGUCUUUCGGUACAGCCAGUCCAGUAACUUGCACGUGACACCUUUAAGUGAUAAAAACCCCAACUCGCCAACCUUUCCGGCACCGCACGUCACACCUCGCUGUACAAUACAGCAGCUCCUCAUCCGCACAACACGCUCAGGUAGAAUUAAAGACAAGAUCAGGAAUGCCAGGGCCGCGCGACCCAGCUUUUGGAGAGGUUGAUUGAUUACUCAGGUUGCCUUCACGCAGCCUGGGUUGCCUCAGGCCCCUGUCCCACUGCCUGAUCACGAGCAGCUCAGCCUGGCUUGGUCCACCCCAGGAAUCGGAGAUGCACAAACCAUCGUUUCAACCGUCGCAAGCCCAGGAAGAGCGAGGAGUCACGCCGAGGUCAGACCUCAGCAUCCCAUCCCAGCAGGACCACGGCUGCAGCCCUCGCUCCUCCGGCUGCGCCCAGCAGGUUAGCAAUACAGCACGGGGACAUCCGCGGCCACCGGUGCUAAACUUAUAUGCCCGCCAGCCCGCAGGGGUUAUUCCUCACUGCAGCCCCAGUGCUGGGACAAAGUCGCAUCGUCCCCAGUGACACCAGUGCUCCAGCCCGUGUGGGGACCAAGGGACACGGCUGCAGCAGGGCCAGCCUGCCUUCGUGGCUCAGCUCAGGAAAGGAGAAAUCCUCGCCAGAAAGAAAAGCAACAGGCAGCACAUGUGGGCAGUAAGUCAAAUGGACUGGUGAGAAGAAUUUAAAUCAUUUAUUGAAGUAUUCUAAUUACAGGUUUGAAGUAUGUGUUACACAUUUAAUGACUUUGUUUACUGUGUGUGUGUGUGUAUAUAUAUAUCUAUAAAUAAGAGUGUUGGAAACCUGAAA